GCCUGACCGAUGAAUGAAUGACUACAUAAGUACGUAUAACUAACGUGUGAUCAGAUUCGUAAAGUCAAAAAUAAAAAUAAAAAAACCCUCACGGGUCACGUGCUUAAGCAGUGAAUACAGCUCUUCAGUCUUUACUAACUAGAUAUCUUCAGUUGUUUUCCUGUUAAAAAGAGAGACUAUUCUGGCUCUCGAGUUACCAAAUCCUCUUUUCAUCUCCAUAAGAAAUUUCUAUCAUAAGCCAGCUCAUCUAUCGAUGUAUGGACAUUGGACACAUGCAUACACUCACACAUACAAAAUAAGUAUAUACAUCGUGAUCACUAAAUCUUUCACUUGGUAUUUUACUUGCCUUUAAAGCCUUCCUUGGCUAUCUUCCUUCGCACCCUCUUUAAGAGUCACUUGACUUUAAUAUUUCUCUUUUUGUUUCUUUCUCCUUUUCUCUGUUUUUUCUUUUCUUUUCUCUUUGCGAUUCGCUGAGAGCAUGCCUGAAUGUCAAGAGAAAGGGAGAGAUUUGAAGAGAUAGGGAAGAAGAUCAAAAGAGAAGCAGAUGCUUGGCCUCAUCAAAUGGCUGGAAUUAGAAGACCAAUGUCGGGUCCUCCCGGAACCCUCAAUACCAUUACGCCUUGUGCUGCCUGCAAGCUUUUGCGCCGUAGAUGUGCUCAAGAAUGUCCCUUUUCGCCAUAUUUCUCCCCACACGAGCCUCAUAAGUUCGCUUCCGUCCACAAAGUCUUUGGAGCUAGUAACGUCUCCAAGAUGCUAAUGGAAGUACCUGAGAGCCAGAGAGCAGAUGCCGCGAAUAGCCUUGUGUAUGAAGCAAACGUGAGGCUAAGAGAUCCGGUGUACGGAUGCAUGGGAGCCAUCUCAGCUCUACAACAACAAGUCCAAGCUUUACAAGCCGAGCUCACGGCCGUAAGAUCCGAGAUUCUUAAGUACAAGCAACGAGAAGCUGUCGCCACUUUGAUCGUACCUUCCAACUCCCAAGUUGCCGGAUUUCACAACUCCGGCGGUGUUUCCGUCAUUGCACCACCACCACAAAGACCAACAACUCCACCACAACCUACAACGGCUCAUCCUCCUUCUCCAUCUUCUUGUGUUUUCUCUCAACCAACCACAAGAGACUUAGAAUACGGCAACAUUGAAAGUGAGAACAACUACUUCGGUUAAAUUUUUAUUGUAUCAUUCUACAAACACAUACAAAUACAUAUAAUUAAUUUAUUUCGAUAAUUUGUGAUCCGGUGACUAAUAAAUUAAAUUAAAUUAAAUUAAUAUAAGUGAACAAGGUUGGUCUUGAAUAGCCUGUCAUUACUCAUUAAUCUAUCAAACGUAUAUUAAUAUUGUUUAGUUGGUAAGUACGUAGUACUAGUAGUAGUAUUUAGCAUUCAUAUUACUGAUAAUUAAAUGAGGUUGAAAUAUCGUUUUAUUGAUGUACAAAGUAGAAGUCAAUUGGUCUACAAAAAAUUUCAUUUAACCUUGAUGAAGAUGCAUUUUGAAUUUUGGGUAGCUUAAAUCAAAUUAGUGAGUCAUACAUACGAAACUGAGUUUCCCUUUUUUUUUUU